AUGCUAAAGAAAGUUGCGAAACAUUUGGAAGUUGUCUUCAAUGAAUUAACCGACAUAAAUUACCUUGAUCGUCAAAAUCUGACCAUCAAAAAGACUGUCCUUCAAUUAUUCGAUUACAUUUAUGAAGGGUUCGAGUUGCUUUCUGAUAGUUCGAAAUGGAAAUUUGGAUAUAAAGUUGAACUAGCUUUAGAUAAUAAUCUCAGCGAUCGAGUAAAGAAAUUUUUUGAUAUUUUGAAGUCUGUAGAGAAAUUGUUCGAGUAUAAAUUUUUAAAUUACUUGGGAGAUUUCGACGGCUACACCCAACAGACGAUUGACCAUUUUUUGAAUACUACGAUCUAUAAUAUUCCUUUCAAAAGCAAUUUGGAAUUUUUGCAUGAUAAUGUCUUAAAAACACAAAGUCGUAAUAGCGCAAAUAUAUUUUAUGUAUACUUAAAAGAAUUGGAACACAAUGCAAAUGUUGGGAACGGUUGCGGAAGUGGACCAAUAAGUAGAAAAAUAUUUAAUUUAUACAAAAAAACUUUAAUUGGUACCAUUAAAGGAUACACUAUGCUUAUACUCGGUCAUUCAUUCGCUCGCUUGAAAUUUGACGGAGGUGAACUCAAAAAUCUGCAAUAUGAGUACUUAAAACAGUAUAAAGAAUUAAUUGACAGUGUGUCAAAGUCGGCGCUUCAAAUACUAAAUUUACUAGAAUUUGAACAUCAAUUAUUUGUAAAUUGUGACCCGAUCUGGAAAGAAGGUCAAAAUUAUAUCCGUGUUAAAAAUUACGUCUCAAAUACUCGGAGAACAUUUAAAAUAAAUGGUCAGGGGUUUGAAUUGAAUAAUGGAAAUUUCCAAGAAUUUGAAUGCAAUAGUCACUUGGUACACUUAAAUUCUGAUAGUUUAUUUGUUUACAGUAUGAGAUGUCCUGACGUUUUCAAUACUAACUCAAGAUUAUAUGAAAAUUGUUUGAAUUUCCCUGAAAAUAAAGAAAUUUUAAGCACUAAUCAUUCUUCUUGGCCAUCAAAAUGUUUAUAUUUAGACGAUGUACCUUCUCUUAGUUCAUCUUGUUUUUGUGAUAAACAAUCGGAUCCCGAACUUAGUAUCCGUAAAUUAAGCUUAAGACCGCUAUACACUAACACUUCCAUAAAUGAAGUUUUAACCGGCAUCCGGUUUGCUGUCGAAAAUAAUGUUAUAAUAAUACAAAUUCAAAAAGGUCAAAUAAAAAACGGCACUAUUGAUUCGAAAACUAAAGAAUGGAAAUCUGCUGAUGAUUACCCACUCAAAGAAAUUCCUGAUAUGGUGACUCUUGAUUACGACGUCAAAUCAUUUAAUCUAGAUGACAUUAAAUUACCGUUUGGAGAAUUUUUAACAGGUGUAAAACUUCAACUACUCAAAGAUAAUCAUAUUAGUUUAGCGGUGAGAGGAACAGCAAUGUAUAAUUCUUACAGUCAAGGACCGUCUGAUAAUCAUCACUGGUAUUCUCCAGAAACUCUUUACAAUGAAAAACGAGAAAACAUACCACUGGAAGAUUUUCGUAAUUCAGCAGAAUUAUCUUUGCAAAAUAAAGAGCUAAGUCAAUCGGGUAGAAAUUAUGUCGAUUUGACUGUAGGAAUACAUUCACAUAAAUUUAAAAAUAUACCUGUACUUCCAUUUUUUGAUUCACAAGAUCUGACAUCUGAUGUGCCUUCGGGAGGCUUAGGAUUACAUUUGAAAGGAUAUCCAAAUAAAAAACCAUGA